AUGAAGUUCCACCGAUCAUACGCUGUUCUCGAGGAACAGAAUCGUGAGCUACGAACCGAACGAGACGCUUUACUGACACAGCUAGAUGCUGCGCAGAAAGAAAUUGAUACUCUGCAAAAGCAACUUGGCGGAAAGAAAAGACCGACGAGUACGAAGCCGCAGUUUCAUACUGUCGCCGCCAAGCCUCACAAGGCUGUGCCAACACCCCUACGUCCACCCCAGCCAUGGAACGACACACCACAUUUCCCAUCACCAUCUCUAACCGACUACACGCAGCUCGUGUACGACGAUGGGAGGCUCAUCGAUACCGAGUUGCGUAAUGCAAGUUUCAUGAAGCAUACCAUAUCUUCCGCUAGAAAGACUGUAGCUCCAUCGACCGCUAUCGAUGCCGGUAUAAUGUAUACCACAAAGCUCCGACAAGACCAACCCAACCUCUCGGGAACCUCAGUGCCAGAAGCAAAACCGACUCUGCCUUCUCCAACUCCCUCUCCAACCCCUGAGCAAGAAGAUCCCACCCGCCUCGACAACAACCCUCCCGACAACGACUUCUUCACGACCCCAUCAUCCUCAGGCUCCUCAAUCCUCCAACUCCCCUUCACCUCCCAAAUGAACCUCCUAGAAAAAGCCUACGACCUCGCCCGCCAAGCAACAUUCAGCCACAUAAAACAUCACUGGCCACGCGACCAACUCCGAUACUUCCCCGAACACUGGAAACAAAUCCGUUUCGGACUCCAAGAACUCGAAGACUCGAACUUUGGCCUGAGAACCUGCGACCCAUCCAAAUCCGCCAUCGUCUCUGCAAUGUACAGAAUAAUACCUUUGCGGAAUCACGUCUGUCAUCCGGGUUAUGUGCGAGAUUUGAAGAGUUUGGAUGAGCUUUUGGGGGCUGUGGAGGAGCUUUUAGGUCUCCUUGGAGACGGGGAGAAAUGGGCGGCCGAGGAAGUUCAGAAAUUGAGGGGUCGAUUGCAGGAAGAGGCGAAAGAGAUUUUGGCGGAGAUUGAAGGGAGGGAGGGGCUUUCUCGGCUUCCUGAGGCGGAAGCUUGGCCAAUGCAUAUUCAGCAGAUGUUUGAGAGGGUUUUGUUUGAGCCUCAGCGUUGGCAGGAGUUUCCUGAGGGGAUCGUUAGGGCUGCGAGGGAGUGGGAGAUGAGGAAAUUUAGGGUUGGGGAGGAUGACGAGGACUUCGAGGCACGGUUGAAGGAAGCGUGGUCGAGGCAGGAGGAGCGUUUGAGGGAGGAAGCGCGUCGGAGGGAGGAAGCGUGGUCGAGGGAGGCUGUUGGUUCGGACGAUGAUUCUCAGACGUCCCUAGAGUCUGGCAGCGAGAGCCCGACUACGUCGUGGCCAUCAGAUACCACGAGUGCUGCGGAGAUGGAGGAUGACACGCUCGCCGAUCCUAAUGCUGACGAUGAUUGGGACAAGAAAAGAGAAAUCGUGCGCUUUGUCAUAGCAUCACACAACCACAUCAUCACCGCUCGAGGGCACGUUUCUAUAGCGCCAGAACCAGAACGUGAGGAUGGAGUUAGCGAGGCCGAGGAGCGUCACGACGAAGCAUAUGUUUAUCGCUUGAUGCGCGCCAUACAAUCAAAAAGUCGCACAGGACCGCCAGAUCACCGAGCAGAUGAAGAUGAGUGGGCUCGAUUCCAGGCGUGUGAUCAUAAACGAGUCGAAAGCUGGAUCGAGGAGAAUGGAAGCAGGGAAUUCGAGCGCCGGGCGUGGCUGAUUCUUGUCAACGAAAGAUGGACAGAGUUCCGUACAUGCGGUAUCCUGUCCUUUGACGAUGAUUCGCCUUUACAGAAGUCCGAAGCAACCAAAGCAGAUCUGUCGGGCCCGGAAGCGGUAGAAACGGCCGGAAAAGUGUCAGGCGACGUGAAGACCGAGAAUGACGACCGAACAGACCUUGAAAGCACACCCAGCGAGGCUCGUCCUCCCUUCAAACCCGCAGCCUUGCGCCAGACAUCCAAAGUAAAUCAUUUGAGUUCAGCAGGCAGUAUGGACAUGGCUCGUCUGGCUUCGCAGAAAAGACAGGCUCAAGCUGCUGCGACUUCGAGGAAGGCCAAAGCAAAGUUCUCGGAGCCACAAAGCAGAGGGUUCUCGACCAGUGCCCCUAUCAAGAGAAAGCGGGUGAAGGGCGCCGUGCCUUCUGAUGCAGAGAAAGGCGAUGCCCUACGUCAAAGUGGUACUCUACAGCAAAGCAUCAAAAAGACAAGUGCUCCGCGAAAGGCUAGCGAGAAGGAUCCAGCGCUCGCAGCAACUCUAGAGCAAAUGAUCAAGGACAAUAUCGGAAAUUUUCCGGGACACAAGACAAGUCAUCGGCGCGAAAAGACCGGCUUCUUUGGUGCAGGCGGCUGA